AAGAGAAAGCACCAUAACGGCACGGGAGGAUGAAAAAAGAAAUUAAGCAACAAACAACAAACCCUCGAGGUAUAUAUAUAUACCCCAGCCUUAUCUACAAUCCCGAAUGAAUUUAGGGUAAAAUCUAAGAGACAAGACGCUCAGGAAUUUGAAUAAGGAAUCAAUACAUUCCUGUUGUGUUCUUGCUAUUUUAAUAUCUUCCCCCAUGGCUUUGUCUGCCUCAUCCACCGGCCGCGCAAUCUCCUCCGUAGCCAUCUCGUAUUCACCAUUAUUGGGGUUUCUCAAACCAAAUCAUCGACAUAAUCAUAUAAGCUAUGGGUUUAACAGCAAGUACAGCUCCAUGGCCAUCCAUUGUUCGUCUUCUGAAAAUGGUCGCUCUUCAGAUUCCAGGGCGUUUAGUUUGAAUGAAAAUGGAAAAGCCAGAGGUUCAGUUAAGUGGCAAAGGGUGCUUCUUAAAGUAAGUGGAGAAGCACUUUCUGGAGAUGGUGAACAAAAUAUAGACCCAAAGGUUACAAUGUCUAUUGCAAGAGAGGUUGCAGAUGUUACUCGACUUGGCAUUGAGGUUGCCAUAGUUGUUGGUGGAGGGAAUAUCUUCCGUGGAGCUUCAUGGGCAGGAAGCAGUGGCCUUGAUCGUUCAUCUGCUGAUUACAUUGGCAUGUUGGCAACUGUUAUGAAUGCUAUAUAUCUACAAGCAACAAUGGAAAGCAUAGGAAUCCCAACAAGAGUCCAAACAGCAUUUCGUAUGUCUGAAGUGGCUGAACCUUAUAUCCGUAGACGAGCCAUCAGACAUUUAGAAAAAGGCCGCGUUGUCAUCUUUGCAGCUGGAACCGGAAAUCCCUUCUUCACUACAGACACCGCCGCAGCCCUUCGUUGCGCUGAAAUUAAUGCGGAGGUGGUUUUAAAAGCAACAAAUGUGGAUGGUGUGUAUGAUGAAGAUCCAAGGAAUAAUCCGGAAGCUCGACUCCUUGACUCUUUGACUUAUCAAGAAGUAACAUCAAGGGAUCUUUCGGUUAUGGACAUGACUGCAAUCACUUUAUGCCAAGAAAACAACAUCCCGGUUGUUGUAUUUAAUCUUGGGAAACCGGGUAACAUUGCAAAAGCUAUUAAGGGGGAAAGAGUUGGCACGCUGAUUGGUGGUGUGUGUGUCUCAACAGCCACAAGGACUUGAGGGACCUUUUCUGGUUAUAUGUGAAACUCCGGGGUUCUUUAUACUAAUUGUAUCAUCUAAAAUAAGAAGGUGAAAUUUUGCGUUGUUUUACAUGUCAUGGAGUUUUAGGUUAGCUUAAUGUAGUGGUUUUGUUAGUAUUAUAGCGAGAUUUAUUUAUAGUUUCUUUUUUCUUGUGUUAUCGGAACUUACAGGUGUUUGAUAUUUUGUUUUGUGUAACGUUGUUCUCGUUGUCUUUUGCUCAUUCGUAUAAGGGCACGUAAUUGUAAUAAAUUGGUCUAGUCAGUUUGUGAUAACGAAA